UGUAAACAAUACAAGAUUCUUUGCUGAAAUAUAUGUGGUGGAGCAGUUUUCUCAUUUAAAUUGUGGUGAUUACAGACCUACAAAAUGACUGAAGAAUAGCCGCAGGCCAAUGGAGAGUAAAAUGGAAAGUUGGGACUUGAACCUUCUCUUUGCCCAAAGCCUUCCAUGGCAUUCAAUUAUUGGGCUUCUUCUCUCCACUCAAGGCCUUUACCCCCUAUAAUUUCGGUUCCAAAAUGCAGACUUUUUCUUCUUAAUCCCUACUCUAGCUCUCCAUGCCUACCAACGGGAAAACAGCUCUCCGUUUCUUUUAAGGCAGCUGCUCAAUCUGAAGGAACAGAGGGAGGAGUAACAGAGGACCCUCCAAGUUUCUCAGGUUCUUUCUCUUCUGCACGGACUCAGCUAGAUCUCUUGGAACAACUGACAUCCACCAGCUCCUUGAGUGAUGGUUAUGAGAGUGGUGGCGAUUAUCAGCGACCAACAAUUCGUGAUCAGCUCUCUCAGCUGGUUGGAGACAGAGAAGGUGAGGAGUUCAGCAUACCGUUAGGUAAGAAUCUAAAGACGGCGACUGCAAAGUUUUUAACUAUCUCACAGAAGAGGAACAUCAAAAGACAGGCUUACUUGAAUGAAGUGUCUCGAAGAAAUGAUAGUGUUUUCUUUGCCACAAUUGGAGCAUUUGUACUUCUUCCACCGGUUCUUAUAUUAGGGGUAGCUGUAUUAACUGGUUAUGUGCAGCUUUUUCCAUGACUUCAAUGAAUAUUAAAGAGGACAUCAAGAAUUCUUCCAGUUAUCUGGAGAAUUUCCCUGUUCUA